AUGUUCACAAAAUGCGUAGCACUCGAAUUGGCUCCCAAUGGCAUCCGGGUUAACGGGAUCAAUCUCGGUUACGUGAAGACUGGGGAGGCAGUUCGUCCGCACCCUAAUAAAACAAAAGCUGACGAAUUAAAGGAGAAAUUGCAAAAUAUGUGUCCAUUCGGACGGGCGGGUGAGCCCAUGGAUGUGACAAAAGCCGUGUUGUAUUUGUCGUUCGAUGACACGUCGUUUGUGACCGGACACAACUUCGCGGUCGACGGAGGCUUACAACACGUGCUGUCCGGAAUAAUAGGCUGACCAGAAUAUUAUUCCGAAAAGUUUCAUUUUGUCCAUUAAUUUUCUAUAAAACCGGGACAAAAACUAGACAGCCUUUUAAACUAAUUAUUGUAACCAAUAG